CGCAAUAGUCUCCGAGUUGAGGAAGGUGUUCCCUGAUGAUUUCUAAGCCCCGCAUACCAAUGAUGUAAGUGCCCCUGGGGUUCCCAGAGCGUUUUAUUAAUCCCAUAACCUUUUCCAUGAUUAUUUCCGUACCGAGUGGAGCGGGAAGUAUAAGAGCCAGGUCCCGGUCUCUCACGGCUGGUUGAAUGAGGGACUUGAUUCAAUGCAACGCGUUGCGCAGUUGGAAGCACACUUAACGUCCACCGACCACUACCAGAAGAACACCACCCCUCACAAGAUGGCCGACACCACCAAGACCGAUAUCCACCUCUACACGGCCCAGACGCCGAACGGCAUCAAGAUCUCGAUGCUGCUCGAGGAGCUCGGUCUGCCGUACAAGGUCACAGCCAUCGACUUCAGCAAGAACGAGCAGAAGGAGCCCUGGUUCCUCGAGAUCAACCCCAACGGCCGCAUCCCCGCCCUGACCGAUGUCCUCCCGGACGGCUCGCCCAUCCGCCUCUUCGAGAGCGGCUCCAUCAUGCAGUACCUGGUCGAACGCUACGACCCCGAGCACAAGGUCUCGUACCCGCGGGGCACGCGCGAGUACUACGAGGUGAACAGCUGGCUGUUUUGGCAAGUUGCUGGUCUCGGGCCGAUGCAAGGCCAAGCGAACCAUUUCUCAAGAUAUGCCCCCGAGAAGAUCCAGUACGGCAUCGACAGAUACCGAAAUGAGACACGCCGCCUGUACGGCGUCCUGGACAAGCAGCUGAGCCAGUCUACCUCGGGUUACAUUGUGGGCGACCGGUGCACCAUCGCCGACAUUGCUUGCUGGGGCUGGGUGGCUGCUGGAUAUUGGGCCGGUAUCCCGGUGCACGAGUUCCCCCACCUCAACGCCUGGGUCGACAAGAUCCUGUCCCGCCCCGCUUGCGAGAAAGGUAGGCACGUCCCGAGCCCGCACAAGGUCCUGGAGAGCCGGCACAAGACCGAGGAGGAGCUCGACGCGGCGGCGGCUCAGACUAGGGAUUGGGUGCAGCGAGGCAUGCAGGAGGAUUCGAAGAAGUGAAAGGCCCCCCGGUCUGGCUGUGCUCGUACAGAAAGGGCGGGCGCGGUUGCACGCAUGGAGGUACAUGCUCGGUAUGUCUUUGACUUGAGCUUCAGCCGUUGCAGGCCUGAAUUGAAUUACAACCGCAAUACCUGGCUAGCCAAUGCCCAAAACCUCCCAUAUUUUGGUCCAUGAACGGACUGCAAAGUGAGAGUGUUGAGAUUGUAUGGAGGUACGGAUUACAUUACAAAGUACGGAUUACUAUGAGUAUUACGUUCUACGGAGUAUGUGGUGUGAAACCUUGCGAGGAGUCCGUGCACUGUGCCAAGCUA